GAAGUUGUUUGACAAGCUUGGAAAGAUCAUCCUCACAGGGGCCAAGUCGGUGUAGUGGUCGUACAUGGGUUUCAGUGUUUCCUUUUUCUUUUUCUGGUUCUAAGGAAACAAAGAUAUGGAGAAAGAGGAAGAGUCAAACAAUCUGGCAGUAGCGACGCCCCCCGUUGUGGAACUAGAGGAAGAAGAAGGGGUUAACAAGAGAGAAACAUGGGGAAGAGCUUUUGACUUUCUUUUGGCUUGUAUUGGAUUUUCCGUUGGCCUUGGAAAUGUGUGGAGAUUUCCAUACCUUUGUUACAAAAAUGGAGGAGGUGCCUUCCUCAUUCCAUACUUUCUAUGUGUCAUCUUCGGGGGAAUCCCGCUCUUCUACCUGGAGGUCGCCCUCGGCCAGUUCAUGGGGGUCGGAGGCCUGAAGGCAUGGAACUUGGUACCUCUGCUGCAAGGUAUUGGUAUGGCCACCGUCAUCAUCGUCUUCCUCCUCAACUGCUACUACAACGUGAUUCUGUGCUGGGCCUUCUACUACAUGUUCUCCUCAUUCACAACCGAGUUGCCAUGGGCAACCUGCAACCACGACUGGAACACCGAGAACUGCUCCGAGAACUUCGUGACAGCAGCUAACAUCGUCAACGGCACCAACUCCUCCGACCCUGGAAACAUCAUUACCAACCUCACUGACCCCAACAUCACACAGUCCUUCGUGGACCCCGUCACCGAGUACUGGGAGCAUAAGGUUCUGGGAAUCUCCAGCGGCAUUGACGACAUGGGCUCCAUCAAGUGGGAUCUGUGCCUCUGCCUCAUCUUCGCCUGGAUUGUCGUCUACGCCUGCAUCUGCAAAGGCAUCAAGUCAUCCGGCAAGGUGAUGUAUGUGACCGCCACCUCCCCCUACAUCUUCAUGUUGUGUCUGCUGAUCAGGAACGCCCUCCUCGAUGGCGCAUACGACGGUGUCAUUUUUUACCUGAGACCAAAUAUCUCCAAGCUAGCCGACAUACAGGUGUGGGUGGAUGCUGGGACGCAGAUCUUCUUCUCUUAUUCCAUCUCUCUAGGUGCUCUGACAGCUCUCGGAUCUUACAACAAGUUUCAUCAUAAUUCCUACAGGGACGCUGUCCUGUUCGCACUAACCAACAGCGGUACCAGCUUCUUCGCUGGCUUCAUCGUGUUCACCAUCCUGGGCUACAUGGCGAAGACCCAGGGCCGAUCCAUAGAGGAUGUAGCCGAAUCAGGCCCUGGUCUGGCUUUCAUCGCCUAUCCUAAGGCUGUGGCUCAGAUGCCUGCGGCUCCUGUGUGGUCCAUCCUGUUCUUCCUCAUGAUCAUCCUGCUCGGUCUCGACAGCCAGUUCGUGGGCGUGGAGGGUGUGAUCACGGCGGUGGUCGACCAGUAUCCCAAAUACCUGAGAAAGGGGUACCGAAAAGAGAUUUUCAUCGGCAUAGUGUGUUUCCUCUCCUUCCUUAUUGGUCUCUCCAUGGUCACAAACGGAGGGAUGUACGUGUUCCAGCUGUUCGACUAUUACUCAGGUAGUCGUAUCAUCCUGCUGGUAGCUUUCUUCGAGCUAAUCGCCAUCGGAUAUAUCUACGGCGUCAAUCGCUUCCUGGCCAACAUUGAGAUGAUGCUUGGCUGGAACAUCCUCCCCUUCAUGAAGGUCUGCUGGCUGGUCUUCUCGCCCAUCUUCUGCAUUUCCAUCUUCGUGAUGAGUGCCAUCAACUACUCGGAGCUGACAUACGAGAGGCCUUCGGGGGUGUACGUCUACCCCAACUGGGCGGUGGCCAUCGGCUGGACAAUGGCCUGUCUCUCUAUCGUCUGGGUGCCCAUCAUUGCCGUCUACAAGUACAUCAAGUGCCGCGACUUGAUGGUGUUGUUACGUCCGACGGGUUUGAAGCAGCAUCAGAUGCGGCCUUGCGACUACGGCCAAUUGACCUACGACGAUGUCUUGAAACAGCGGCAAGGACUGCCCGUUAGCAUACCCCAGUACGUGGCCCCGGCGACAAACAUGGACUCGCCCCCACCCGCGUACGUGAACCCAGGUUACGAGAAGGACAAGGAGUCCUACUUCACUCAAUUAUAAAUAACCCUUUUUGACAUUUCGGGAUAUAGUUUAUGUUUUAACGUUUCUAAGAUGUUGCUCAACCGUAGCGUAAGUUUGUUCUUCAUUUAUUUUGUGGAAUCCGUGUUUUGUGUUUUAUAAAUGUGAAGCAAUUUUUUUACAACUAUUUUAUGUUAAUUCAGCCAAAGUAACCUAGUGUCUCAUAAUGUAUGUGGCAAUAUUUUUUACUCUCAGUAUAAUUUUCCCUGGUUCAACUGAGGUGUGUAUACGAAGUUGCCUUAUCAGCAAUUGUUGACUUUUUAAAAUACAAGUAACGGGAAUAUUUUACAUUUCAGAAUACCCUUUCAACUUUAUUUAUAUUCAUGAGUUGUAAAAUGUAAUACAGUAUUUUAAUAUAUUUGAAAUUGUUUAUUUUAACUGGAACUGAAAUAUUCUCCAAUGUUUUGCCUUCAUUCAAAGUCAAACUAAAAUUGCACUUAAAAAAACAGUUGUGAGAAUUCGUAAAAAUGUUAAUGCAUGAUUAAACGUUGGUUGGUUUCAAUUAAUAGAUGGGGAAUGUUUUCACAAAAAUACUCAAAGAAUAUCAAUGCUCCCAUGAUCGAUCAUCGUCAGGACUGAUGUCAGAAAAUAUGUGUUGUCGAUACUAAAUAGGUACUAGUAACUAUGGCACAGACCUCAUAACGCUUGGUUAAAUGUGUGGUAACGGCAGGUAAAAUCAAAGUGUCAAAAACAUAUGAACUAGUGACAGAACUAUCUUUUGGUCUCUCAUUUCUUGCGAACCAUUUUCACCGAUCUCUGUUCAAAUCGGUCGCCACUAACCCUUUAAAAAACAUCACAGUGUUGCACGAAUCAACUAAAUUCGUUACUCAUCCAUAUAGCCAAGUUGUCUUAGAAUGUCUUUAUGUAGGCUUUAGACGAGUUAACCUGUGUUAAGGGUAUGUGCGUUUAUGUAGUGUUUGAUUGUUUUACGUGUUUGUCGGGAACAUUGUUCGAUCUGAUUACUCCAUCCGUUCUAAUGAGUCGUCGCGUUAUUGGAAAAUAAUAUGAAUAAAAAGAUAGCUGCACGAGUUGUACCGUUUAAAAUGCAACAGAUCUGAACAAUUAUACACCUGGGAAAUGGUUAAGCAUCGCUUCCUGUAUAUUUCUAUGUGAGUGAGUGAGUAUGGUUUGACGCCGCUUUUAGCAAUAUUCCAGCAAUAUCAAGGCGGGGGACACCGGAAAUGGGCUUUUCACAUUGUACCCAUGUCGGGUAUCGAACCCGGGUCCUCGGCGUGACGAGCGAACGCUUUAACUACGAGGCUACCCGACCAUGUAAAAUAGCCAUUUAUGAAAAUCGUAUCUUGUAAUAAUGUUAGAACGAAAACGUUUGUUUUUGUUUUCGAGGGACACAUUUGAAAUGACAAACAGAUAACCAAAAUCGAUUAUUCAAUUACAUAAUUUGCAUCUGUACUAUCGAAUAAUGAUUUUAACUACUCGUUAUUUCUACGACUCCUUCCCAUCAUAUGGUAUGACCCCAUGUGACCAUCUGAAGAAACGUACAGUGUUAUUUACCAACUUGUCAGCAGGUAUUGGUUGUAACUUUUCCAUGUAUAUAUAACGACAUCUACAGUGACAUUAAUAACUGAGUGCAAAAAUAUUAUAAUAUUACCCAUAAUGAUACGGAUAUAAGUGAAAUAUUUUCAGUAAUUCUUACUGAGCAUCAUGACAAUUGUUCCAUUUUUUUCAUUAAAUGCGAAGAUGCCCAUUGCAAAGUGACGUCAUUGUCACGAAUAAUUAAAGAAUACGUCAUCCAUUGUUCGUGACGUCAUGAUGAUAUAUGCGACGUCGUUUCAAUAAUAGAAUAAUUGAGCUGAAGUCGACAUUUGUGAUCAGAAAACCCACUUUUUCUAAUUGUCUCAGAAAAAGACGAUGGGUUAUACAAAGAACAACCAACGGGGAACGAGGAAUUGGGGUCUUCUGUCCAUCACGCAUGAAUGCAUGUUGAAAGUCCCUCGCUAAUUUUACAUCGGACAGACACUCCUUAUUUCUCAAUGCUCAUAGAUUGUUUUUUUAAGUAAUACCCAUGCCCAAAUUACUUAUUCUUGUAUGCUGUGAUUUAUCAUUACUUUUUAGAUGUACUAACUUUACUAUAAUUACUCAGAUUUUAGAUGGCAAAGCAAUGACUUAAUGAUAGUCAGUAGAUUAGAGCAUUUAUUGUGUUAUUAGAACAGGUUUUUUAAAAUUUUGUAUAGCCCAUGCAAAUUAUAUUGAGAACAUAUUUGUAUUUACAUCUACAUCAUAAUCUGAAAUAUGAAUAAAGAAUUUUAUAUUUUUCA